AUGCCGCCGGGACCAGUCUUCAAUGCUGUUUGUGUCGCGUCUGCAUUAUCCAAUAUCCUCUCCAACGCGCUCCGCAUUCGUGCCAGUCAAUUAGCCUCGCAAACUGCCUCGCGGGCGACAGCGACACCUCGGAAACACAAACGCGACGUAUCGGAGGCGGUACCAGAAGACGCAAUCCAAAGGCAUGGCCACCUCCCAGGCGACACGUUCAAGGUAGUCCAAAUUGCAGUAGAAGAUGCGAUGUCUUCUGUGCCACCCCAAACGAGCAACGUCGCACAGGAAGUGGAAAAUAGCGUAGCGCAGCAGCCUCAGACAAACGGGGACCACAUUUCUGGCGUUGUGGUGGAUAGUGAAAGCACUACAGCAGAGCAGACGCCAGUCGUUUCCGAACCAGUUGCAGUAAUUCAGCCUCAGACCUUGCCCCCCGUCCUUGACGAGAAAGACUUCAGUGUCGACGGCACAUUGCAGGGCAAGUCGUUGUCGGGGAAUGAGUCAAAUCAGAGUGCGGUGGUCGACGCCCACCCUGUUGACGAGACCACCUCAGAGAUAGCAACCGAGACCGUGAUCCCGACGCGUAAAUUACGCGCGUCAACGGUCCCUUCAUCGCGUAUCGGACGGCUGUUUCACUACGGAGGCAAGUCGAUCAUCUCUCCACGUUUAGCCGCAUCGCUCGGGUACGGAGCUGCCUCAGAGAUUCUCCAGCGCAGCACCGGCAUGUCCUCGCAGUCGUCAUCCCCGGUUAUGAUGACGGAGGCCAACAUCCAUCGAUUGGUGUCUAAACUCCUGAAAAUGCGUGGCGCAGCACUCAAAUUGGGCCAGUUCAUGAGCAUUCAAGACACGCAUGUCCUGCCACCUGCUGUCGAUAGGAUCUUCAGGAUGGUUCAAGACAGCGCCCACUAUAUGCCUGACUGGCAGAUGGAGAAAGUCCUUUCAACAUCUCUGGGAGCAGACUGGCCCUCAUACUUCGAUUCAUUUGACCGCAUCCCCUUUGCUGCCGCUUCUAUCGGACAGGUCCACCGAGCAGUCCUCUCCGCAUCCCACUCACCCACAGGCCGCGCGGAAGACGUCGCGGUCAAAAUUCAAUUCCCUAAAAUUGUUGACUCUAUAGAAAGUGAUCUGGGGUACAUCAAGAUGCUCUUGACUGCGAGCAGUCUGCUGCCCAAGGGCCUAUUUCUCGAUAGAACUAUUGACGUGAUGAAGGGAGAGCUCGCGGAUGAGUGUAGUUACAUCCGUGAAGCGUCUUUCCUUCGCAAGUUUGGAUCUCCUGACUUCCUGGGAAAUGAUCCCCGGUUCAAAGUCCCUUGGGUGUGGGAGGGGAGCACGGACGAGGUCCUUGUGAUGGAGAGGGUUCGCGGUGUGAAUAUUGGUGAGAUCACCCAUCAGAACGCAACCAAAAAGCUCAGUCAAGAGGAAAGGAACGACAUUGCCAGCAGCAUCCUUCAGCUCUGUCUUCGUGAGCUCUUUGACUUCAGAUUGAUGCAGACGGACCCAAACUGGACGAAUUUCCUCUGGAAUGCGCAGACGCGACAGAUCGAGUUGGUUGAUUUCGGUGCAACUCGUGAAUACACGAAAGAGUUCAUGGACAACUGGCUCCGUCUCCUCCAAUCAGCUAUAUCCGAGGACCGAACUAGUUGUAUAGAAUGGAGUAUCAAGCUGGGAUACCUGACCGGGCAAGAAACCGACAUAAUGUUUGAUGCACAUGUCGCAUCCAUGACACUGCUUGCCACGCCUUUCCGACCGACCACAACACAGCCAUUUGCCUUUGGACCAGGGUCGGCCUGGGCGGACAUAACCGCCAAAACCAGAGAACAGAUACCCAUCAUGCUCAAUCACAGAUUGACACCUCCGCCGAGGGAGACGUACAGCUUGAAUCGUAAAUUGAGCGGAUCAUUCCUCCUUGCGUCGAGGCUGGGGGCGAGAUUUGAUACUAGGACGCUGUGGGACACCAUCGUCGGCCGGUAUCAGUUCUCGACAUAA